AUGGAACAGGUGGGUUUGUAAAGAUAUGCGCUACCACUUUUAUCUUAAUGUUUGUGUUCUUGGCCCAGCACAAAGAUCCUUUAGCCAAUUCACACAAUGAGGAAGAAGAAGUGCCAAUAAAAACCUUUCCAAACGGCCCACCCGGUGAAGGAAAGGCACCCUGUGUGAAAAAUGAUAUGACAAACAGUGACAUACACCACCGGUCAAAAGUUUUAGAACACCUACUCAUUCAAGGAUUUUUCUUUAUUUGUACUAUUUUCUACAUUGUAUAAUAAUGGUGAAGACUUCAAAACUAUGAAAUAACACAUAUGGAAUCAUGUAGUAACCAAAAAAAGUGUUAAACAAAUUAUAUUUGAGAUUCUUCAAAUAGCCACCCUUUGCCUUGAUGACAGCUUUGCACACUCUUGGCAUUCUCUCAACCAGCUUCUACUAGAAUGCUUUUCCAACAGUCUUGAAGGAGUUCCCACAUAUGCUGAGCACUUGUUGGCUGCUUUUCCUUCACUCUGCGGUCCAACUCAUCCCAAACCAUCUCAAUGUGGUUGAGGUCGGGGGAUUGCGGAGGCCAGGUCAUCUGAUGCAGCACUCCAUCCCUCUCCUUCUUGGCCAAAUAGCCCUUACACAGUCUGGAGGUGUGUUGGGUCAUUGUCCUGUUGAAAAACAAAUGAUAGCCCACUAAGCCCAAUCCAGAUGGGAUGGCGUAUCGCUGCAGAAUGCUGUGGUAGCCAUGCUGGUUAAGUGUGCCUUGAAUUCUAAAUAAAUCACAGACAGUGUCACCAGCAAAGCACCCCCACACCAUAACAUCUCCUCCUCCAUGAUUUACGGUGGGAAAUACACAUGCGGCGAUCAACCGCUCACCCACACCGUGUUUCACAAAGACAUGGUGGAUGGAACCAAAAAUCUCCAAUUAGGACUCCAGACCAAAGGACACAUUUCCACCGGUCUAAUGUCCAUUGCUCGUGUUUCUUGGCCCAAGCAAGUCUCUUCUUCUUAUUGGUGUCCUUUAGUAGUGGUUUCUUUGCAGCAAAUUGACCGUGAAGGCUUGAUUCACACAGUCUCCUCUGAACAGUUGAUGUUGAGAUGUGUCUGUUACUUGAACUCUGAAGCAUUUAUUUGGGCUGCAAUUUCUGAGGCUGGUAACUCUAAUGAACUUAUCCUCUGCAGCAGAGGUAACUCUGGGUCUUCCUUUCCUGUGGCGGUCCUCAUGAGAGCCAGUUUCAUCAUAGAGCUUGAUGGUUUUUGCGACUGCACUUGAAGAAACUUUAAAAGUUCUUGAAAUGUUCUGUAUUGACUGACCUUCAUGUCUUAAAGUAAUGAUGGACUGUCGUUUCUCUUUGAUUAUUUGAGCUGUUCUUGACAUAAUAUGGACUUGGUAUUUUACCAAAUAGGGCUAUCUUCUGUAUACCUUAUCACAACACAACUGAUUGGCUCAAACGCAUUAAGAAGGAAAGAAAUUCCACAAAUUAAAUUUUAAGAAGGCACACCUGUUAAUUUAAAUUCAUUCCAGCUGACUACCUCAUGAAGCUGGUUGAGAGAAUGCCAAGAUUGUGCAAAGCUGUCAUCAAGGCAAAGGGUGGCUAUUUGAGGAAUCUCAAAUAUAAAAUAUAUUUGGAUUUGUUACUACAUGAUUCCAUAUGUGUUAUUUCAUAGUUUUGAUGUCUUCACUAUUAUUCUACAUGUAGAAAAUAGUUUUUAAAAAAUAAAGCAAAACCCUUGAAUGAGUAGGUGUUCUAAAACUUUUGACCGGUAGUGUACACGUUAGAUUACCUAAAAUGAUGAAUCCCAUACUGGUCUUUCACAGUCAGGCCAAACCAAGCUGUACUGUGCAAGUAGGCUAAUAGUAGGCCUACUAUUGAAAUAGAUAAAUGAGGCUGUCAACUGAGUCAGAAAUUCACAGGUUUCUGAUUUUCCAAAUUGUUCAGGUUUUCGCUUUCAAAGUUAAACCACAUCAGGGAGACCACUUUUGAGGUCUGGGAAAAACCCAAUAAAUGUACUCUCUUUUUUGUGUGUAGUUACCCUUUAAUUCAACUGUGCAGGCACCUAGAACUGUUGUUUGGUUUAGUGGUGUUUGUGUAGCACACAUGAGCAUUUAUAUUUAAAAUAAAUAAUAUUCCGAUUUUUCAGGGGGUGCUGCAGGAACCUCAGCACCCCUAAUUCCCGCGGCUAUGCACGAGAUGAUGCACGAGAUGGAGUUUGCAAAACAAAUGGCCAAUUAAUGGAUUGAUGCAAAUAAUCAUGAUCUCAUUCUGACAGGAAGGAAUAGGCUACUUUGUAGCUAGUUAAUAUUUAAUUGAGAAGGUUUUUGAAAGCCUUUCCAUCUACCAGAAGACGGUUAGGCCUUUGGUUUUCAUAUCAACUUUCUUUCAUUGUCUAGCAGCCAAAUGCAUUACCCUAGUCAUAUUAGCAACCCAUGAUAGUUGUUGCAUCUAUUAUUUCACCUCUUUCAAAAUUUCGAAUGGAUAUUUCCAUCUCUGUCCAUGAAACCACUCGCAUGUGCAGUGAGCAUUUUAGAAAAGUUCCUGGGGCCCCCCCUGGGUGCACGUUUUGGUUUUUGCCCUAGCACUACACAGCUGAUUCAAAUAACCAACUCAUCAUCAAGCUUUGAUUAUUUGAAAUCAGCUGUGUAGUGCUAGGGCAAAACCAAAACGUGCAGCCAGGGGGGGCCCCAGGACCAAGUUUGGGAAACCCUGCACUACAUCGCUGCAUGGCAGCGAGUGUCUUGGAUAACUAUUUGAGGAGGAAACGUAGGGAACUAAACAAUAUUCAAACCUGUCAGUGACAUAGAUUUUAUCUUACAGCACAGAAAUGUAUACUGAACAAAAAUAUAAAUGCAACAUGCAACAAUUUCAACAAUUUUACUGAGUUACAGUUCAUAUAAGGAAAUCAGUCAAUUGAAAUAAAAAAAUUAGGACCUAAAUUAGGAUUUCACGACUGGGCAGGGGCGCAGCCAUGGGUGGGCCUGGGAGGGCAUAGGCCCCUACCCUUGGGAGCCAGGCCCACCCACUGAGUGUCAGGGUUGAGUGUAGAGGUGGUGUAGAAUCAGGCGCAGGACACACAGAGGUUUCGAACAGCAUCUUUAGUAAAGUCCAAAAAACGAGCCAAACACGGCAACAGGCUACAGGCGAACUUUACGCACAACAGUAAAGUAUGCUAAAGCGCACAAAGUGCGGAACUCUCUCUCAAAACACAAAAUACAGAGAGAACAGAAAUAACGAACUAGCACACAACGUGACGAGGAACAAUUACACACAACACCUGACCAAACACAAGAGAACUAAAUAGGACGCCUAAUAAACACUAAUAAGGAACAGGUGUAGCAAAACAGACAAAACCAAUCAAACAUAGAAACAUAGAACGGUGGCAGCUAGUACUCUGGAGACGACGACCGCCGAAGCCUGCCCGAACAAGGAGAAGGAGCAGCCUCGGCUGAAACCGUGACACUGAGGAACCAGGCCCAGCCAAUCAGAAUUAGUUUUUCCCCACAAAGGGGCUUUAUUACAGACAUAAAUACUCCUCAGUUUCAUCAGCUGUCCGGGUGGCUGGUCUCAGAUGAUCCCGCAGGUGAAGAAGCCGGAUAUGGAGGUCCUGGGCUGGCGUGGUUACACGUGGUCUGUGGUUGUGAGGCCAGUUGGAGGUACUGCCAAAUUCGCUAAAACGACAUUGGAGGCGGUUUAUGGUAGAGGAAUGAACAUUAAAUUCUAUGGCAACAGCUCUGGUGGACAUUCCUGCAGUCAGCAUGCCAAUUGCAUGCUCCCUCAAAACUUGAGACAUCUGUGGCAUUGUGUUGUGUGACAAAACUGCACAUUUUAGAGUGGCCUUUUAUUGUCCCCAGCACAAGGUGCACCUGUGUAAUGAUCAUGUUGUUUCAUCAGCUUCUUGAUAUGCCACACCUGUCAGGUGGAUGGAUUAUCUUGGCAAAGGAUAAAAUGUUCACUAACAGGGAUUUAAACAAAUUUGUGGACAACAUUUGAGAGAAUGGAGAUUUUUGUGCAUGUGGAACAUUUCUGGGAUAUUUUAUUUCAGCUCAUGAAACAUGGGACCAACACAUGUUUACAUGUUGCGUUUAUAUUCAGUUCAAUAUAUUUACUGAGAAAUUACAUGGUAAGAUGGUAAACAGCAAUAACCUAUUCAUUGCUUGUUUGUUUGAGGUUCAUUACCAAAAACAAGUCGGCACCAUUUGAUACUAGAGGUAACUAUGUUGUUCCCAAUUGUGUUGAUUUCCAAAGUAAUCACCAGAAGGUACCCACUCAUGCAAAUUAUUAGCAAAUACCCUGUGUAUAUAGCCAAGUUACUCAUUGUGUUUUUAUUCCUCGUGGUAUUAUCUUUCUUUCUUUCUGCAUUGUUGGGAAGGGGGCCCAUAAGUAAGCAUUCCACUGUUAGUCUACACCUGUUGUUUACGAAGCAUGUGACAAAUACAAUUUGAUUUGAUUGAUUUGAUAUACUAGCAAAGGUAACUCCCAUUUAUUAAGUACUCCCACAACUUUGUCAACACUUUUCUCAUCACUUUCUUCAGCAGUGAAUGCAAAACAAAAGUCCCAGUUUCCACAAGACAAAUCUCAAUACAAAUGUCAUCAAUUAUUAUAUUGUCUUUUUAUUGACAGUUUUAUCAUCACAACACACACAGCUUGGGAAUACUUGGCUGGAGCAGACACCCCCACACAGACCUCAUCAUAGGCUGCCCCCAGCUUACUCUGCACCCGGCCAGGUCGCUCUCCUUAGUCUGGGUGGGGGGGAUGUGCACAGGUGCUGGGGGGGGGGGGGGGGGGGGGGCGCUGCUGCUCUGCUUCGAGAUUCGGCCCCAAAGUCCCUCCUGCUCACAGCUGAAGAACAAGCAGGACACAGAUGUGUACGACGUCAGCUGUUAG